AAUGUUGAAAUUCCGAGAAUUGAGCAGCUCAGUUUCUUAGAACUGGAUUCACAGAAGUGGAGCGGCUUGGAUUUUCGAGGAAACUUUUUACAAGUUUUCAGCGCACGGCGAUGACUGCAAAUGGGUGUGUUCAAUUUACGCGCCAUGCAGGUGACGUCCUACUCAACUUCAACCGCCUCCGUAGCAGGAAUAUCCUGACCGAUGUCACCAUUCAAGUGGACGGACAGCGUUUUUACGCUCACAAGGCUAUCUUGGUGGCCUGCAGUGGCUUCUUUUAUUCGGUCUUCAUGAACCCUGAGAACACAAACCUCAGCGUUAUUAGCUUGGACCCCAAAAUCGAUUCCAAGAGUUUCUUGAACCUCCUGGACUUCAUGUACACAUCUUGUCUGAAUUUGACGGACAACAUGCUGGCGGGCACCAUGAACACAGCCUUGUACCUCAAGAUGGAACACGUGGCUGACACCUGUCACAGGUUCAUCAAGUCCAGGCCAUCUUUAAAUGUACACGCUGAAGAGGUGCGGACCGAGCAACUCUCCACGCUAAGGCCCAUUCAUGUGACAGACCUAGAUGUCAAAAACAGAUACAUGGCUACGUCGCCCCCUCUUCAGGAGUGCAGGGGUUACAGUGUUUUUCGAGGUAUCAACACCUCGGGCUCCUAUCACGUGUAUGGCGAUCGCCACAUCUCCGCGAGCAAGCCCGAAGAUUGCCAACCGAUGGUCACCCCUCCUAGAUCGUCCUCCAUGCCCCAGAAACCAUUUUUGCAAGUUCCUAGCACCAACGUGCCUCACAAGGAGUCAUCGGCCAUUAUUGGUUUCCACCCCACUAUUGUUCGACCCGCCACCCACAUGGAGGAAGACGGUGUUCAGCACCCUCUUGCUAACUGCCAUAGAGCGUCUCUAGGUUUUGGCAAAGGUGUGAUUUGCAGCCCCCAGAGCCCCCUCAGAUCCGACUGUCAGCCCAACUCGCCCACCGAGUCGAGCAGCAGCAGAAACGCCACCCUGAGCCUCAAACAGCCCCCGGAUUGCCCCAAAGAAGUCAAAGUCCGGAAUUGGAAGAAGUACAAAUUCAUCGUGAUGAAUCAAAUCUCUGUGAACAAGGAAACGGAUGCCCCGAGAGGCAGCCUUGAAAGCGGAUCCCCUUCGCUUAGUCCGUGCAGAAGUGGCGGAGACCAAAGGGAAUCCCAAACGGAAGAAGCAACCAGUGAACACAGAGAAGAAAACACCAUAACUGUUGAUGGCCACCGCAAAUGCUCCUCCUGCGGUUGUGAUAGCCCUCAACAGGUGGAGGCCACUCAUCUCUUUCCCGACUCUUACUGCAGAGAAUCAAAGUUCUCGCUCUCCAGCUGUGAGAGCUUCCCGGAAGACGAUUGCCCCAAAGACCACACGGCCCAAGUCCACAGAAAGAAGCCAUACAAAUGCGACUGUUGUCAGGCUGCUUUCCGCUACAAAGGCAACCUGGCCAGCCACAAAACUGUUCACACGGGUGCAAAGCCAUACUGCUGCAACAUCUGCGGUGCUCAGUUCAACCGGCCAGCUAAUCUGAAGACCCACACCCGCAUCCAUUCUGGGGAGAAGCCAUAUAAAUGCGACACGUGUGGUUCCAGAUUUGUCCAGGUUGCCCACCUUCGCGCUCAUGUGCUAAUUCACACAGGAGAAAAGCCAUACCCUUGUGAAAUCUGCGGAACUCACUUUCGCCACCUACAGACGCUCAAGAGUCAUAUGCGCAUUCAUACUGGAGAAAAGCCUUACCACUGUGAAAAGUGUGACCUCCACUUCAGACACAAGAGUCAGCUGAGACUUCAUCUCCGACAGAAACACGGCGCCAUCACUAACACCAAGGCGCAGUACCGCCCCACUGGGACUUGCUGAUUGCGACACCCACCCACUUAUUUUAUUCAUCGGCCAAUGUAUUGUAAAAAAAAAAAAAAAAAUGUACAAUAAUAAUAAUGAUUUUUGCAAAUCCAAAGAACCAUUAUUUGUCAAUGUUUGACUAUUUUAAGUAUUUCAGAGUUUAUUCUUUAACACCUCAAACGGGUGAAUGUACAUUUGGACUGUGAAUUUGAACACAAUGGGGUUUUUUUUUUCCCCAUUAACAUUUUGUUUUCAAAAUAAUUUACGGUUUGCUCCAGUAUUGGUACAUUUUUGGUUUGCCCACCAACGUUACCAUUUUUGUUGUAAAUAAGAUUGCCAUCUGCUGGCAGAGCAUGGAUAUGUUGACUCUUGGUUUUCGUGCCCACAGUGAGCUGUUUGUUCCUGUAACUUUGAUUUUGUGUACAGAUUGACAUCCAUUUGUAUUUUGCUUCAUAUGUACAGUAUAAUCUUUUCAUAAGCCAUCAUUGGUAUUUUGCACACAUAUUGCUGUUAUUCAGAAAGUCUUCAUACUAUUCAGAUUUUUUUUUCUGUGACUAACAUGUUGAGAAGUUCUCUAAAGCAUGUGCCCCGUUGAUGAAAAAAAAAAUGGAUUAUUUAUAUUCAAAAUUACUUUGCCAUAUUGUCCCAAUUUAGGUGCUACAAUAUUUUCUGAACAGACAGGACAUUUUGGCCCGUACUAUGUGUGUUAACAGUGCCUUAAUAUUCGAACAUUUUAUUGGCUACUGUGCCGACCGACCCUUAAUGUAAAUGCUAUGUACAGUUGUGCUUUUUGUUAGUUGUUCACUGUAUGGCGCUCUUAAAAUGCAGACAAGCUAACACAUGCUCAGGAAUGUUGCUUAUAUUUAAUCACAUCUUUGUAACUCCAGAAUACGUAAUAUAUAUUUAUAUUUAUGAAAUAGGAAUAAAUAUGCAUACCGCAACA